AUGUCACCCAAUAUAUCAAUUAGAGACUCGAUCCGUUGGCUUCCUGACGAAGCAGACGAGCCAACAUCUACACUCGUGCUGACAUCAGGCGAGAAUCGGUUCGUGGAUAUCAGAAUACUCAAGGGUUCUGAAAAUGAGACGAAAUCAAACCUUCCCGUCCCACUGUUAUCUGGCCUCGACUGGGCCUUUGCAGGAUUCUCGCACUCGGAACUCCAGCACGAUGAUAAUGGUAAGCCAUACGCUCACUCCACCUGGCAACACUGGGUCUCGGAUCGCGCGAGAAAUGUCGACGAGGUGAAGGAUGAAGGUGACAUGUUUGAGAUGCCGGACGGACGGACGCUGGAGAAGGGGAGGAUGGUGAAUCCCGCCACGGGGCAGGAGACCGACUACGAGGAGGUAUGGAGGGACGGGGUGGCAAAAGUGGUCCCCGAAGACGAAAGCGAUGGUGCCGAUGAUCGAGAGGAGGGCGAGGCGGGGAAGAAGAAGUGUGUAGUGCUUAUGCUUCAUGAUGAUGAGCAUGAAGCGAGGGGCAUGGUUGUGAGGAUGGGGCAGUUCGUGCAGGGUGUUUUGCGAGCGGGUAGCCACUUUAGUCUGGAAAGGUGGGAGUGGAUGGGCACUGCUCAAAAGGAGGGCUGGCAGCGAGUGGUGAGGAUGGGCGAUUCGUGGAUGCCUUGUGGAGCAGCUACAGAGCAAAGGAGAUUGGCACUAGGGAGCGAGAUCAGGUUUGGAGAAUACGUGUGGAAGGUUGUUGAGCUGGCGGACUUCUGA